AUGAAGCUGCGGGAGAUCCUCCUUUGGGCAGCCAUGAAGCUGCGGGAGAUCCUCUCGGUCUUUCCUCUCGUCUCGCGCAACGCUCACGCCUUCCCCUUCUGCUUCCCCCCUCUUCCUGCCCCCCUCCUCCUUUCUCCCCAACCCCCCGCCCCACUCCCCGCAGCGGCGGCGCACUGCCUGGCGGUGGACGCGGACGGGCGCUGCUACUCCUGGGGGCGGAACGAGGUGGGGGGGGAUGCGGGAACGGGGGGAAACGGGGGGAAACGGGGAAAGCGGGGAAACGGGGGGAAACGGGAGGAAACGGGGAAAGCGGGGAAACGGGGGGAAACGGGAGGAAACGGGGAAAGCGGGGAAACGGGGGGAAACGGGAGGAAACGGGGAAAGACGGGAGUGGUGGGGACGGCCUUUUUGGGGGUUAAGGGAGGAGAGUGUGGGAUGUGCGGGCAGCUAGGGCAUGGGCAUCAAACGGAUCUCAAUCAGCCCACCAUCAUCGAAGCCCUCGCAGGCAAGAGAAUAGUGGCCGUGGCAUCGGGGCGCAACCAUUCCCUUGCUGUGGCAGAUGACGGCAGUGCCUGGGCGUGGGGCUCUAACAAGCACGGCCAGCUCGGCACGGGCUCCCUCAAAACAGAGCACGAGAAAAAACCAGUGCUGAGUGCAGUGAAGCGAGUGCGGGCGGUGGCAUGCGGGGGCGAGUUCUCCUGCUGGAUCACGCACCCGGACCCUUCCACCACCACCGCUACCACCCCUCCUUCCAACGAUGCCACCACCACCAAAGCAGCAGCAGCAGCAGGAGGAGGAGGAGCGGGUGGUGCAGCACAACCCUCAAAGCCGCCGUCUCCGCCCAACCUGUUCACAGCCGGCCUGCCGCAGUACGGACAGCUGGGCCACGGCACUGACAACGAGUACAAUGCCAAGGACUCGGCCGUGAAGCUGGUGUACGCCCCUCAGCCCACACCUCGUGCCGUUGCUGCUCUGGCUGGCCGAGAGAUGUGCAAGGUGGCGUGCGGGAUCAACCACACUGUGGCAGUGGACGCCAAGGGCUUUGUGUUCACGUGGGGCUUCGGAGGGUUUGGGCGGUUGGGGCACAAGGAGCAGAAGGACGAGUGGCGGCCGCGCCUGGUGGACGUGUUUCAGCGCCAGAACACCCUGCCCCCUACUGCUGUCGUCGCUGCUGGCGGUGCUUUCUCUGCCUGCACUGCCGGCGGCGGGCAGAUGUACGCAUGGGGCAAGGUGAAGCAGACGGGAGACUGCUGGAUGUACCCCAAGCCGCUGCUGGACCUGAGCGGGUGGCACAUCCGCAGCAUGGCGUGUGGCGCCACCACCUCGUGCGUUGCCGCUGAUUCCUCCACCAUCUCCUGGGGCUUGGCGCAGCACGGGGAGCUGGGCUACGGACCCAACGGCGCCAAAUCGUCAGCCAACCCUAAGAAGAUCGACUCACUCGAAGGCAUCCACUCGGUACAGGUGGCAGGCGGAGUGGGAUUCUUCCUGCACCUGGUAUCCCGCACAGGAGCUCCUGGUGAUAGUGCAGAGCAGCGCAGCAAGGCCGAGAAGCUGCUAGCAGCGCUCCCACUGUUCACCCCCGAGCCUGACACCACCUCACAAAAGCCUGCUGGCAAAGGCAAGGCGGCAGGCACUGGGAGGGCACGGAAAAAGGAGGAGAAAGAAGAGGCUGUGGUGGAAGAGGAGGGAGGGGAUGAGGAGGGAGGGGAGGAGGACGAGGACGAGGAAGUGGAGGAGGUGGAUACACUGCCCUCCCUGAUUCAGCAGCUGCCAUGA